UUCUCUCUCGCUCUCUCUCUCCGCGUUGCGUUGAGGCAACUGUAAGCGGAGUAACAGUAAAUCAGACCUCGCAGCCGGAGCAGUGAAACCGUAAACCCGUAAACCUCGUCGCUGUAUUUUUGGCCGCUGACAGGAGCGACUGAGACCCCGGCGCUGUCUUUCCUUCCUCGGCGCGAUCCACCGAGAGAGUUAUCCGGCGAGAGCGACGCCGUCAAAGCGUUUUCCGCCUACUUUCUGCUCGAGAUCAAUAUACUUUCACACUGGAAAUGUCCGAAAACAAGCCGAAUGACGAGCCCAAGUUAUCCACGACGGACAGGGUGGUGAAAUCCGUUCCAUUCCCACCCAGUCAUCGACUGACGGCCAAAGAGGUGUUUGAUGGCGAGGGCAAGCCCAAAGUUGACGUGCUGAAAGCUCAUCUGACCAAGGAGGGACGCGUGGAGGAGGCGGUGGCGCUGAGGCUCAUCGGCGAGGGGGCCGCCAUCCUGCGCUCGGAGAAGAACCUGCUGGACAUUGAAGCGCCGGUGACAGUGUGCGGCGACAUCCACGGGCAGUUUUUUGACCUGAUGAAACUCUUUGAGGUGGGAGGCUCACCGGCAUCCACGCGCUACCUUUUCCUGGGGGACUACGUCGACAGAGGGUAUUUCAGUAUUGAAUGUGUGCUGUACUUGUGGGCCUUAAAGAUCCUCUACCCCAAAACCCUUUUUUUGCUGCGCGGGAACCACGAAUGUAGACAUUUAACAGAGUAUUUCACAUUUAAGCAGGAAUGUAGAAUUAAGUAUUCAGAAAGGGUGUAUGACGCGUGUAUGGACGCCUUUGACUGCCUUCCCCUGGCUGCACUUAUGAACCAGCAGUUCCUCUGUGUACACGGAGGACUUUCUCCAGAAAUCACGAAUCUUGACGACAUCAGGAAAUUAGACAGAUUCAAAGAGCCUCCAGCAUACGGGCCUAUGUGUGAUCUGCUUUGGUCCGACCCCCUGGAGGACUUUGGGAACGAGAAGAGUCAGGAGCAUUUCACACAUAACACAGUGCGAGGUUGCUCCUACUUCUACAGCUAUCCCGCCGUUUGCGACUUCCUACAUCACAAUAAUUUACUAUCUAUCAUCCGGGCCCAUGAAGCGCAGGAUGCCGGAUAUCGCAUGUACAGAAAGAGUCAGACCACUGGCUUCCCGUCCCUUAUCACCAUUUUCUCUGCACCCAACUACCUUGAUGUCUAUAACAACAAAGCGGCCGUGCUGAAGUAUGAGAACAACGUGAUGAACAUCCGACAGUUCAACUGCUCGCCUCACCCCUACUGGCUGCCCAACUUUAUGGACGUCUUCACCUGGUCGCUGCCGUUUGUCGGCGAGAAGGUGACUGAGAUGCUCGUGAACGUCUUGAGCAUCUGCUCCAACGACGAGCUGACGACCGACGAGGAGCUUGACGGUGCCACGGCUUCUGCACGCAAGGAAGUCAUCCGCAACAAGAUCCGCGCCAUUGGGAAGAUGGCACGGGUAUUCUCUGUGCUCAGAGAGGAGAGUGAGAGCGUGUUGACGCUGAAGGGACUCACCCCGACGGGCAUGCUACCCAGCGGCGUGCUGUCCGGCGGCAAGGAAAAGCUGCAGAACGCUACUAUUGAAGCCAUUGAGGCUGACGAAGCCAUCAAGGGCUUUUCGCCCCAGCACAAGAUCACCAGCUUCGAGGAAGCCAAGGGUCUGGACCGCAUCAACGAGAGGAUGCCGCCGCGGCGGGACGCACUCCCCUCGGACGCCAGCCUCAACUCGCUCAACAAGGCGCUGUGCUCGGAGACCAACGGCACGGACAGCAAAGGAAGCACCAGCGGCGGCGGAGGGAUCCAGUAGAUCCCCAGGGCGGGGCUCCGGGUGGGGCGGGAACGGGAGUAAGGCAUGUACGGGUCGCACCGGGGAGGGUGUCAUGUCACUUGCUAGUCUUUGGAUAUGCCUUCAAAUUAUUCGUCAAAUCUGCUAAGUUAUUGCUAAAAGCGCCAAGGGCGCUUGGUCGGACGCCACUCUGCACGCGAGAGCGAUAAGGAUGGUUUUUUUCUUGUUUCUUUUCUUCUCGGAAGACCCUUGCUCAUUUAUACGGAGCUCCUAAAGGGAAAUCGACAGAAAUAAAAUGAAUGAAACCAUCUGCGCACCAGAAAAAAUUGGUAAACAUUAGCGUUAUAUAGCAUUUAGGCUAGCUGACGUUUGCUAUGCUAUAAGUUAGUCAAUUGUUGCAUUGUUGCAAUUGGCUAACUUGCAUUGAAAAAUUCUGCAGCUUAAAUGCUAUAUAAUGCUAAUGUUUGCAACAAUUGGCCAACUUGCAUCACAAAAGUCUGCAAGCUUAAAUGCUAUGUAAUGCUAAUGUUUACCAGAUACGGACUAGAAACCAUCUGGUGCACACAGGAUGGCUUCUGAUGCGCACUACAUACUAUGUGGUUUGAACCAGAUUGUUUCUGGUGCGCACUAUAUACUAUCUGGUGUAAUCCAGAUGACCAAAUUGUUUCUGGUGCGCACUACAUAAUAUGUGGUAUGCACCAGAUUGUUUCUGGUCCGCACUACAUACAAUCUGGUAUGCACCAGUUUUUUUCUUGUGCGCAUCACAUACUAUCUGGUGCGCACCAGAUGGUUUCUGUGGUGUGAACCAGAUUACCAUAUUGUUUCUGGUGCACACUAUAUACUAUCUGGUACACACUAGAUGGUUUCUGGUGCGCACCAGAUUGUUUCUCGUGUGCACCACAUACUAUCAGGUGCACACCAGUUUACCAGAUUAUUUCUGGUGUGACCCAGAUUACCAUGUUCUUUCUGGUCCGCACUACAUACUAUCUGGUAUGCACCAAAUUGUUUCUGGUGCGCAUCACAUACUAUCUGGUGUGCACCAGAUUACCAGAUGGUUUCUGGUGUGAACCAGAUGACCAGAUUGUUUCUGGUACGCACUACAUACUAUGCGAUACAACCCAGAUUGUUUGUGGUGCGCCCUACAUACUAUGUGGUGCACACCAGAUUGUUUCUUGUGUGACCCAGAUUACCAGAUUGUUUCCAGUGCGCACCACAUGGUUUCUGGUGUGACCCAGAUUACCAGAUUGUUUCCAGUUCGCACCACGUAGGUUCUGGUGUGAAACAGAUUACCAGAUUUUGGUGCGCACUACAUACUAUCUGGUGUGCACCAGAUUGUUUCUGGUGUGACCCAGAUUUCUAGAUUGUUUCUGGUAUGUGGUGUGCACCAGAUUGUUUCUGAAUCGCACUAUAUACUAUUCUGUGUGCACCAGACUGUUUCUGGUGCGCACUACAUAUGAUGUGGUGUGCACCAGGUUGUUUCUGGUGUGCAAUAUAUACCAUUCUGUGCGCACCAAAUUGUUUCAUACUUGUGGUAUGCACUAGAUUGUUUUUGGUGCACACUACAUACUAUCUGGUGCACACCAGAUUGUUUCUGGUGCGCACUACAUACUAACUGGUGCACACCAGAGGGAUUCUGGUGUGAACCAGACUACCAGAUUUUUUCUGGUGCGCACUAGAUGGUUUCUGGUGGACACCAGAUUAGCAGAUUGUUUCUGGUGCGCACCACAUGGUUUCUGGUGUGACCAAGAUUACCAGAUUGUUUCCAGUUCGCACCACGUAGUUUCUGGUGUGAAACAGAUUACCAGAUUGUUUCUGAUGCACACUAUAUACUAUGCGGUACGCACCAGAAUUUGGUGCGUACUACAUGUUAUCUGGUGUGCACCAGAUUGUUUCUGGUGUGACCCACAUUACCAGAUUGUUUCUGGUGUGACCCAGAUUACCAGAUUGUUUCUGGUGCACACUACAUACUAUGUGGUACGCACCAGAUUUUGGUGUGCACUACAUACUAUGUAGUGCGCACCAGAUUGUUUCUGGUGCGCAUUAUAUACUAUUCUGUGUGCACCAGAUUGUUUCUGGUUCGCACCACAUGGUUUCUGGUGUGAACCAGAUUACCAGAUAUUUUGUGGUGCGCACCACAUACUAUCUGGUGCACACAAGAUUGUUUUCUGGUGUGACACAGAUUACCAGACUGUUUCUGGUACGCACUACAUGUGAUGAGGUGCGCACCAGGUAGUUUCUGGUGUGCAAUAUAUACUAUUCUGUGGGCACCAGAUGGAUUCUGGUGUGAAUCAGAUUACCAGAUUUUUUUCUGGUGCGCACUAGAUGUUUUCUGGUGCACACCAGAUUACCAGAUUGUUUCUGGUGCGCACCACAUACUAUCUGGUGCGCAGCAGAUUGUUUAAAAUUAUUUCUGUCAAUGUCCCUUUAAGGGCUCCGUACAUUUACCUUCUUACUAACUAUUGUACGUUUACAAAAACACAGCACUAAAAAGGACAGAACGAGCUGCCGUUUUUAAAAAAAUAUAAUGUAAGGGUGUACAAACUAAGAACUAUUUAUUGAUGAUUUUUCUUUUUUUUUUUUUUUUUUUUGUUGCUCUUCUUAUAUUAUAGCUCUGAAAUGAAUUAGGCAGUCUUAAAAAGAAUGUUGUGGAAAUGCCAAAUAAUGGAACGUUUUAUGGUUAUGUACAUAUUACGCUUACCUCAGGUUCUUUUGGUGUGUGCUUUGACCUGAUUUUUUCUCUUUCUCUCUCCUGUAUAAUGGCUAAAUGACUCGAUAAGGAGCGAUAUUUUAUUGAGUUUCAUAACUGGAAUUUUCAUUUAUCAUUUGCUAAUAUGUUUUCAGAAGGAAAGGUUCGAUUUAAUAAGGCUUGCUGGAAACGAGUGUUCAUUUUCUCUUUUGAAGUAUUACGAACAAAGUGAGAAUAGGAAACUUAUAUUGUGUAAAAAGAAAAAAAAAACAAGUGUCUGCCUAUGCAUGUUUUCUAAAAAGUCAAAGAACUGAAAAAGAAAAUGGGAAUAUUUGAACUAUAUUGCUCUUUAGUGAACAUAUACUGGAAACAUUUAACACCACGACGCGCUAUGCCUUCUUUUUUAAGAUGACGACUCCUGUUUUUUCAGCGGCGCUUGUACGUGCACACAUGUCCAAUUUACGCAUGUUUGAAAAUUCUCGUGAGGUGUGUUGGUUACCAUGUCGGAGCUCAAAAAUGCAUGAUUAGCCCUCGGUGUCAUAUAACAGGUUUCGAAAAGUUUUUUUUUUUAAAUGUGCCACAGAAUUUGUCAUUUGGUUCUUCUAUUCUAACCAUUAUUAUUUGGAAACUCUGCUUUGUAUAUCAGUUACAGGUUUGAUACUGCUCAAUACUUUAAACAAAAAAAAUAUAUAUAUGUUGAUCUUUUUUAAGAAACUGCUUAAGUGCCCAAGUAAUUCACUACAUGACAUGAAGCCUUGCUUUUUGUAAUUUACUUCAAAACUGUUGGCAGAUGAGGCAUGCACUUGCAACUAUGAAAAAUUAGUAUUUUAUAUAACUGUUCAAUAAAAAUGUGCAUGAAUUUCAACUCCAGCCAUCCUCGACUCCACUCAUUUUAAUUAACACUAGCGGUUUGGCCCGGCAUUGCUCGGAAACUACCUAUGAACCAUUGCGGGGGAACACAUCAUAAAUAGCACCUUAGUUUAGACUCAAACAAUGUAAAAAAAUAAAUUAAUGAGGAUCUAAGUAUAACAAAAGAACAAUUGGCUAACUUGC